CUACAAGCCAAGCAAACAGAGCAAAGUUUCCUGCCAAGCAGCAAGAUAGAAGUGCAGGUUCAUCAUUUUGAUAACCGUGUUCUCUUCAAAUUAAUCUGAGUACCAGAGGAAGUGGUCACUGUGCUAUGCUGCAGCCAUAGACCACCAUGAAUACCAGAGCUUGUAUCAGAAGGGAAUACAGUGUCAUCUUUCUGGCUGUGGCUGUCUCCAUCUGUGUCUUAUAUAAAGUGGACAUUCUGGGGAUUCUGCAUAAAGUGAACUCCGCCACCAUCAAUGUCCCGAGAGUUUCCACUGUCCCUGACGUGCAUCGCAGCUUCUGCGCCUUCCAGCCACUGUCCCCUAACGACGCUCUGGAGGAACGCCUCCUACUGGACUCCAUUGCUUGGCCUAAAACUCCACUAUUGCCAGCUCCUCUUUCCCUGGAGAAGACCAGUGAUCCAGCUCACAGCUCCUUCACCAUUCUCCCAAGGAGGGGAAGAGGACAGUGGCACGUAGGGGAUCAGCUGGAGGUUAGGAUCAAUAUGUCUGAUUUCCAGGGCCGUCCCAAGAAGUCUGGAGGGGACUUCUUACUCGCCCGACUGCACAACCAGAAGCUUGGUGCAGGUGUGGUUGGGCAAGUGAUGGAUCAUCUGAAUGGCAGCUACUCUGCUGUAUUCCCUUUACCCUGGGAAGGAGACGCAGAGGUUGAGGUGACGCUGGUUCACUCUAGUGAAGCUGUCACAGUGCUGAACAGGCUGACCAGCGAACAGCCUGACAGGAUUUACUUCCAGAGCCUCUUCCGCUCAGCCUCAUUCUCUGAAACUACAAUCUGUAACGUCUGCCUACGUCCAACAAAGCAGCCACUGUGCAACUACACUGACCUCCGAACAGGCGAGCCUUGGUUUUGCUACAAGCCAAAGAAGCUGAGCUGUGAUGCCAGGAUCAACCACGCAAUGGGAAAAUACAAACAAAACCUCAGGGCCAACGAGAAGAAGCUCUUUCAAAGUGGUGUCAACUUGAAAGUCUACCUACAGGCUUCAGGACCAGCCAAUGUCACUGUGUUGCCAAAAAAGAAAGGCCAAUCAGAGGUGAAGAGCAGCAGUGUGAAGUCUGGACCCUCUGGCUAUUACUACCAGGGUGUGUGGCGAGCACUAGGUGGCACCACAAUUCGCCAAUUUAACAACUCCACCAUCAGUCAGUGUCUGAAAGGCAAGGAGGUCCACAUGUAUGGAGACUCCACCAUCAGGCAGUGGUUUGAAUACCUCAACGCAGCACUGCCAGAUCUUAAAGAGUUUAACCUGCACAGCCUGAAGCAAGUUGGACCUUUCAUGGCCUUGGACUAUGCAAACAACAUCUUGGUGACGUUCCGCUGCCACGGUCCUCCUAUCCGUUUUCCCAAAGUCCCAACCAGCGAGCUUCGCUACAUUGCCAAUGAAAUUGAUGGCUUAACCGGAGGCACCAAUACUGUCGUAGUUUUCAGCAUCUGGUCUCAUUUCAGCACUUUUCCCAUGGAGGUCUACAUCCGGCGGCUACAGAGCAUCCGCAGGGCGGUGGUGCGGCUGCUGGACAGGGCUCCAGGCACGGUGGUCAUCAUCCGGACCGCCAACCCCAAAGCCUUGAUGCUUUAUGAGACAAUAACCAACAGCGACUGGUACUCGCUGCAGCGUGAUAAGGUGCUCAGAGCCGUGUUCAAAGGACUGAAAGUUCAUCUGAUCGAUGCCUGGGAGAUGGUUCUUGCCCAUCACCUGCCGCACAGCCUCCACCCACAACCUCCCAUUAUUAAGACUAUGAUGGACCUUCUCUUGUCCUACAUAUGCCCUAAAAACGGUGGCUAGAUGUGUGUUUAUUGUAGUUCCAAGCCAUAUUAGGGUUGGGUAUUACAAAUAACCACUGCUGAAUGAUCACAAUUAACACAUACUGUACAACCUCAUUACUUGCCCCAUGUGUUGGGAUUGUCAAGCAGCAUUUCAGGAAAUGCAGAAAACAUUGUGUACUUUUUUUUUGUACAAAAACAAAGAUGGACUUUUCUUUGCUGGGCACAGUGACUUUCUGAAUGACUCCGGGAUGGUUUAUACACGAGAUACUGUUGUUAUCCAGCAUGGUGGGAGUUUUUUUCCAUUCUAUAAUCAGUCAAUGGAGGAUAAAAUUGCAAGUGGAUUCACUUUUUAAGAAGCCUUAACUUAAACAGCCACAUAUUUAUAAAAAUGUCCCUCAUGGGAUGUUAAUGGUUAAUGGCUACAAAGAUCAGGAACAAAGACUAUUUUGAUGAUGUAAAAAAAGUGUAUUUACAUGUCAAUUUUUUGUAUGAAAUUUAAAACUACUAUUAAAUAACAUGUAAUUUUAAGUUGCUGCUGUAAUACAAUUAUGAAUACUAUAUGAAAUGUUAACUGAGUUAUGCUUUUGAUUGUGGGUUGGUGAGUAGUGGGGAAAUGUUAUAUCCUUCCAAGUUGUUUUUUUAUUUUUAUAUAGCCUACUGUCAGUAUGGUGGAAGUAACUAAUUACAUUUACUCUCUAAAAGUC